AAAUAUACAUUUUAUAGAUAAUAAAAAUAUAUGACUACUGUGACCAAUGGGGAUUUGGUUCGGGGGGCGUGAUACAAUAUAUAAGGAGAGCAGGUGUGUGUGUGGGAUGUAACACUUGGCCGUUUCCGGUUUUGCGGUGUGUCGUGGAGUUGCUGUCUCUGUGCCGCUGCUUUGGUUUGACAAUAUAAAAAUAAAAGGGCUUGAACCUUUCUAUUGUCUUCGCUCUUGUUUCUGCCGUCGUGGCACGCACCUGCGGAGGAACCGGCUACAUUUGGCGCUGUGAGCAGGAUCGUUGCGUUACGGAGUGGAGGCGGCCGGAGUCUGACACGUAAACCAAAGCAGCGGCUGGAUCAGGUGUUCGGUGGCUGACGUCAUCACGGGAUUCCGGGGAUUCCCUUUGCCGCUGUCGUCAUGGAGGAGCUGCGAGCGGAGCUGCAGGCCUUGAAAGACCGGAUAGCUGUGGACAAAGCGACCAUGGACGCCUUGCGGAACAUGAAUGACGCGUUGACUGAGAAGCUGCGGGAGCAGGAAGCUUCACCCGCUGGGUCUGGUUCGGCGGCGGCGUCCCAAUUGGACGGAGCAGCAGGUGGUUCGUCAUCAACUGGGCCGAAGGACUGUGUCAUUUACCUCCCUAAGGAGAAGAAAUGCCGCACUUUUUCCGGGGGUUCGUGUGCGGACUUUUAUGAAUGGCUGGAUGAGAUUAACUCGGUGUUAAGUUUCCGUCAUUUUCAGCAGAGCGAGAAGGCAAUGUAUAUAUAUGACCAUCUUGGGGGCGAGGCCAAGCAGGAAAUAAAAUACCGGUCUUCUGCAGAAAGGGCCGACCCGGAUUGUGUGCUGGCGAUACUAAAAGAAAUUUAUGGACAGCCUUCUUCGUUGACUCGCCUGCAGAAACUUUUCUUUGAUAGAAAACAACGUGACGGGGAAACGAUCCGUGAGUACUCACACGCGCUCAUGGCAAUCAUUGAUGAAAUCAACCGCUGUGAAGUAAAUUACACUUGGUGUAGUGAUUUUGCCUUGCGGGAUCAGUUUGCUGAGAAUGUGCGGGAUUCGGUUCUGAGACGGGAGUUAAAGCGCAUCAUCCGCCAGGAUUCUGCCAUCUCGUUUUUCAACCUACGAAAGGAAGCUUUGCAGUGGGAGGAUGGGGACGCGACUGCGUCUUACAGCCGACGUAGAGCUGAUGUGUGUCAGGUUGAGGGGGAAAAGGAGGUCCAGAAUGUAAACGUGGUUACAGCUAAGCCGGUUGUGGAUCCAAAUGCAGAAAUGAUCAGCCUUAUGAAGCAGCAACAGCAACAAAUUACUGACUUGGCUAAGAAGGUGUCAGAUUUGUCAGUAGAGAUCGGACAGACAGCUGGUCGGGGGGUCCAACCACGGUUCGACUCGGAAGGAGGUUUUGGGAUCGGGGUGUGGGGCCAAGCCGGACAGAGAGGCGUCAAUUAUGUCCCAGGGCAGUAG